AUGAGUUCAGUGGAAGAAUUGGACGAAGAAUUCCCAAUUCUUGUAGAAGGUAUAGAUUUCAAAGAUCAAAAUUCAUUGAUAAACUUUAAUAGAAUCUAUAAUCUUUAUUACGAAUGCUUGGAGAGUAGAAACGAUAGUUUAAGAGCACAAUGUGUAAGGUUCUUUGUUGAAUACCAUCGAUAUAAGUUUAUACAUUACUACGAUGUUCAAGGUUAUAUCAAGUUCAUUGUCGAUGUCUUCUUUGAUCCUUCGUUCAAUGUAUUCGAUAACAUGUCAUCGUUUUAUUGUGGAGAUCAUAUCACAACGUUACAAGAUAUAUACAAUCGAAUAAUCAACGAUAAAAGAAAACUUAAAGGAGAUCAAUUAAAGAAAAGAAUUAAAAUCUAUAAAGGAUGUUGUGCUUUCGAUCAUGCUGAUUUCCUGGACUAUGAUUACAAGGAUUUCUACAACAAAGUGCUGUUAAAGAGCAACAAUGAGAUUACAACGAAAACCAAUAUAAUUGAAUGGGAUAGUCAAAUGGAGAUCGUAAAUAGCAGUGGUUUAGAUUUCGUUUGUUCUACAGUCAACACACAAUCCACUUGCAUUCUACCAGAUAUAGUUUUGGAGAGAAUCAUUCCAUAUUCAUUGAAAGCUAAUGAUAGAAAUCAAGUUAUCAAGUAUUACAAUGAAAAGAGUGUUUAUGGUGUUGAAUAUCAUAUCGAUAGCAAGCUUUUAUUGGAUUAUGCAUUGGUUUCCAAACAGUUCUUCAAAGUGGUAUCAAAGAAGAUUACAAAUAGUUAUUACAAUUUGAUUGGUUAUGUUAAUCUUGAGAGUGAAUACUCUCUUAUCAAUUCACCACCAUUGUUCUUUGAUUAUAACUCGAUCAAAUACAUCAAAUAUGGUGAGAGUACCGAUCGUAUCAAUCAAUUAUUCUCAAGAGUGGAGACAUUUCAUAUCAAAUCCGAUGAAUAUGAUAGUAGAUGUACCAAUGACAUCUAUCUCGAAAGAGAGUAUCUUGUAGAUGAAUGCUUCGAUGAUUCAGAUCUAGAUUUGUAUCGAGAUGCCAUUCAAAUGAUGGAAUACCUCGUAUACAUUCCAGCAAUGCCGAAUCUAAAGAGAGUCAAUGUAACAGGAUACUAUGGAUACGAUAUCAACUAUAAUGCAUUGCUAAUAUCGAUAAUUACAAACACACCGAAUGGCAAUGGUCAUGGUAUUGAACAAUUCAAAAUCGAUAUCAACAAAGACUGGAAUCAUAGGCCAGACUACAGCUAUAUAGAUUUCUUGGAACCACUGUUACGAUUACACUCAGACACAUUGAAAUCAAUAGAAAUUAACCAUCAUGAUUGCGAUAAUGAUGAAGAUAUGGUCGGAUUACUUCGGAUAUUGAAAAAGUUGGUUACAACAAUGAAACAACACAGUCACGCAUUCAUCUUACGUACAAACUAUAAAAAGUUAAAAGAAGCGUGUCAAGAUGAUAAAGAUGAAGAUGUAUAUCAAUAUUUACUCAAUCAAAUACAUAGUAAUAAUAUUAUACUCGAUGAUUACAGUAAUAGUAAUGAUGACGAAUACGAUGAAGAUGAUGAUGAUAAAGGUUAUUAUUAA